UGCCUUUUGUCUUAGUGUAAUUCCAAACGGCGACGCGGAAACAUGAAACGGUACAAACCUUUUUCGAAAAAUUUGUGAACAAGAUGAUUUCGUUUUCAAAAAUUCGGCUUUGUGUUUUUGUGAUUUUGGCGGCAACUGGACGGUUCGGCGGUGUUCUGGGAACCACAGACGCUCGACUUGUGCAGGGGACGAACGUGAAUUUAGGUGAAGCCCUCCAGUUCUUGCGGGAAUACGACAACGAAGCAUCCGGUAUAUGUUUCCGGGUCCAUUCUGCACGAUGGACGUAUUCAACCAAUAUGACCGACCACAACAAGCGAAGAAUGAUAGAAGAACAGAUGUUACAGGCAAAAUUUGAUAAACUCUCUUGGAAGCGCGCAAUGACGUUCGACUGGACUAGGCUUCCAGAUCAAAUGGUUAGGCGGCAGCUGAAAUUUUUGGUAACCAACAGCAGGUCUAGCUUAAACGACGAAAAAUACAACGAGAUCCACCACCUUAUAUCAGAAAUGAAGGACAUCUACGGACACGUACGCAUUUGUCCUUUCAAUAGUCAUGAAAGCCUUUACUGUGACCUGGAGCUGGAUCCUGAUGUAACCCGACUGAUGGCUAACUCUCGCAACAACCUCGAGUUAAUCCACGUUUGGCGUGAAUGGCACGAUAAAACUGGACCACCAUUGAAAAAUAAAUUCAUGAGAUAUGUACAAAUAGCGAAUCAAGCGGCACGAAUGAACGGCUUUCUAGACGCCGGAGAGGAAAUGCGCUACAUUUACGAAGACCCGUCUUUUGAAACCGAAAUUUCCGAAACCUGGAGAAAUUUGCAGCCUCUUUAUCGGGAACUGUUUACGUACGUUCGGAGAAAACUUCUUCAGUUUUAUGGUCCAGAUGUGAUUCGUCAGGAAGGCCCGCUGCCGGCGCACGUUUUGGGUAACCUUUGGGCUCAAGACUGGAGUAAAAUAAUCGAUUUGGUGGCACCGUAUCCAGAGUAUAAACCCAUUGAUGUGACAGACGAAAUGCUACGACAAGGAUUCACUCCACUUAGAAUGUUCCAGAUGGCUGAGGAAUUUUAUACAUCUCUGGGUCUGAAACCAAUGCCUCCGGAAUUUUGGAGAUUUUCGCUGUUGGACCGACCUAAUGAUAGAAAAGUUCAAUGUACCGCUAGCGCUUGGGACUUUUGCAAUAAAAUUGAUUACAGAAUUAAACAAUGCACUGAGGUGACCAUGGACGAUUUAGUUUCCACGCAUCAUGAAAUGGCGCACAUUCAGUACUACUUAUAUUAUGCGGAACAACCCUACUUAUACCGAGAUGGAGCGAAUCCGAGCUUUCACGAAGGUGUUGCUAAUGCAAUUUCUCUGUCAGUUUUUAAUCCAGUACAUUUACAUCGUGUUGGUCUACAUAACGAAAAUACAGACGCUUAUGAAACUAACAUUAACUUUUUAAUGCUUAUGGCUUUACGAAAAGUAGCUUUUGCACCAUUUGCUUUCCUCGUGGAUGCGUGGCGUUACGAAAUUUUUCAAAAUGGGGUACAAAACAUGAAUUCGGCUUGGUGGGAACUACGGAUUCGUUAUCAAGGAAUAAUCCCUCCCAUUCCGAGAACUGAAAGUCAUUUUGAUGCGGCAGCUAAACGCCACAUUCCUGCUGAUAUCCCCUACAUGAAAUACUAUAUUGCGUUGUUAAUUGAAUUUCAGAUUCAUAGUUCAAUGUGUUUCGCGUCAGGUCAUGUAGGGACUUUGCAUACUUGUGAUAUUUAUAGGUCUAGAGAAGCUGGGCGAAUAUUGUCUGAUAUACUAAAGGUGGGAAGGGCUAGACACUGGAAAGAAAUAAUCAAAAUGUUAACGAGGGGCGAGUCUGACCGACUAUCAGCAGAUGCAAUGCUUCAAUACUUUCAACCAUUAAUGUUGUGGCUUAAAGUACAAAACAGAAACGAAAGUGUGGUUGGUUGGAUGACAAGUUUGGAAGAAGAAGCUUUAUUUCAACCAUUUCUGUUUGGUCACAGUGACAACAACAUCGUCAACGUUCAUCUGAUUGUAUUAAUUUUAGUACUCAUGAAAUUAAUGUAAAAAAAAAGUUACCUAUAACGUAAUAACUUUAUCUAGAAAUAAAUAAAUUUUAAUUUGUUUUUA